GCGUCCGUCAGGGAACAAAUCCUUAACACCUUGAUAAUUGUAAAAAAAAAACAGAAAAAAACAAGAUGGACAAUCGUCGGCAUUCUUCUCAUUUCAUUGUCUUCCACGGGUAUUGAGGUUUUGUCUGCUCUUCGAUUAAGCUUUCUUCGACAGCUAAACGCAUACAAUAUAUCUGGAAGACAAUAUCAACCCCUAAGGACAUUGUCCUUCUAAUUUUAGUUAAAUAAAAUCGAAAUUAGCUCUAAGCAAACCACGUAGCGGUAGCCCGCAACAAUCCCUGACGGAAGCGGCCAUGGAGAAGACGUGAGGAUAACAACGAGUCUUCUGUUUGUGAACGCAUUUCCUUCUCUUCUUUAUUGGCCAGCUCAUCUGGAUCCAAUGAAUUUCCUGCGGAACCGCCUUGUGGUCGUGUGCCUGGGGCUUUUGGCCACACUGUUGCUGUACCUUCUGCUGCCUUCAAUUCGCCAGGGCAGCAUGGAGCCGUCUCUAAAAGCUCAGCGCUUUGCCGUGCUGGCCACCUCGCCCCCUGGGCAUUCAGCCAUCAACGUAUCCAUUCGCACCGGGCAGUUACCCGGGGACCCGCCUCUGUUUUUCCGAGAAGCGUUACCUGUGGAUGGAGCUGGACGACAGAUCAUACCAAGGCUGCAGGUGGUCCUUCUGCACGGGCAAGCCUUCACUUCAAAGACCUGGGAGGAGCUGGGUACCAUGGCGAUCCUGGCAAAUAACGGUUAUCAGGCUUUAGCUGUGGACCUGCCAGGUUAUGGACAGUCUCCAGACUCUGAGGCUCUAAAGUCUGAGCAGAACCGCGUGGACCUCCUGUCAAAGCUCAUGGAGUCUUUAGGCAUCAAGGCGGGUGUCCUGGUGAGCCCCUCCAUGAGCGGACAUUACUCCAUCCCGUUCCUCAUGAAGAACGGCGCUCAGCUGAAAGGCUUUGUUCCCGUGGCUCCAGUCGGAACGCGGAGUUACUCCCCGCAGGAAUACCAAACCGUUCAAACUCCCACUCUGAUCGUGUUCGGAGCCUUGGACACAAAUCUCGGCGCUCAGUCUCACAAGAACCUCAUGCAGCUCCCCCAUCACAGCGUGCUGAAGCUGGAGGGAGCGCGCCACGCGUGCUACAUGGAUAAGCCUCGCGAAUUCCAUCAAGGAUUGGUGGAAUUCCUCAGCAAGCUGAAGUGAGACAGGUGUUGAGAGAGGGAGAAGAAUCUCCAGCGAAUGAUCUAAAAGUACUACGCCUGCUGGGUUUUUUUGUUUAGGUUUGGGUUUUUUUUGAAGCGGAAAAAAGUAGUUUUGCUGCAUUUGAUGUAACAGUUCAGAAACGAAGACAUCAAUAUUCUAGAUGUGUGGGGUUUGGUGUUUCAUACUUUCACCUGAAAGUACAGGGCGAGCUCAGCUCAGUUUAUCUUUAGAGGUAAAAAAGAAAAAGAAAAUGCAGCAGAUGUGCACUGUGGUGACUUUUGGUCCAUGUCUCUCAUUGCAUGAAGAAAAAACCUGAUUUCUGUUUCGUUGUUAAAUGUUACCUGUAUACAACCAAACUUCUGUUACCUUCACACCUGCAGAAAUACAUUGUAACCUGUCACACUUCCAACUAACUCAGUGUUACUUGAACGAAAUGAAACAGGUUAUUUUGCAAAAAGGUUGUAUAUAAAAGGUAAAGACCACAAUGCUAACGUUUGCAAUUGUGUAUAAUAAUACUGAAACUGUUGGAACAGUUCUGCACAAGUGAAAUUAGAUCCGUUUAAAAUAAAAAAAAUAUUAAUUUUGACUUGA